AUUUCCGUGGUAUUGGUUAUAAAUAAGAAUUCUAACACACCUCAGAUUUGUGUGCAAACAACAGUAAUAUUAUCUUGAUUUAUAAAUGAAGCGAUUUGAUAAUCAAUUAUCAGUAUCACAAAAUAGAUAUGCAAUCUAGAGUAUAAAAGCUGUUUUUUGAGUCUCUUACCUCAAUUGUGAAUAAAAAUUUACAUGGUGCUCCAAUUUUAGAAGGGUCUAUUAAUAAAAAAAAAUAUAUAUAUAUAUAAUUGUGAAUACCAAGUCAUGUGCAUUUUGUUUAUUUAUCGCAAUCCUAACGCCGAUAUUAAAUCUUAUCGGCUAAUAGUUGCAACGAAUCGAGAUGAAACAUAUAAACGUCCUGCGUUAUCCGCUCACUAUUGGAAAAAGCAUCCUGAAUGUUUAGGAGGUAUCGACAUGGAACCUGGCAGGGAAGGUGGAACUUGGCUGGCUGUGUCAAUGAGAGGGAGAGCUGCUGUUAUCUUAAAUUUAGUUAAUGAAAAUAACGUAAUUAGUUCAGCGAAGAAAAGUCGUGGGCCUCUGAUAAGUAAUUUUGUUACCUCCAACGAUUCUAUAGAGGCGUACUUAAAUCAAUUACACAAAGAAAAUAUUGAUGGACAACCAUAUAAUCCUUACUGUUUGGUUUCUUUAGAUUUAAAGAAUGCAAAUACGUAUUAUUUAAGUAGCGAUGCAAAGUCUACUGGACCUAAAAUGUGUGACAGUGAUAUUAUAGGUAUCGGGAACAGUGGAAUGGAUGAUUCUUAUAAAAAAGUUGAAGUAGGAAAAAAAGAAUUUAAACAAAUUGUACAGAAUGUGAAUAUAUCAAAACAAAAUAUUCUUAUUGAAGAACUUAUUAAUUUCCUAAAAUCACAGACAAAAUGUCUACCAGAUCCCAAAUUACAAAAGAACUAUCCGACAACAUAUGAAGAACUUAGUUCAAUUUUUGUUUCUGGAGAUGAAUAUGGUACAAGGACACACUCUAUAUUAUUGAUUGAUGGUUCAAAUCAAGUAACAUUUGUUGAAGAAACUCUUAUGUCCGAUUUGACAUGGAAGCGACAGCAGUUUCAAAAUGAAUUAAUAUAUAAUAAUAUUUCUUGAUAUUCAGUUUAAUAUAUCAGGCCCAUAACUAGAUUAAAUAGGGACAUUGCUCCUAUUUGUUUCCAAAUCCUUUGCAUAUUUAAAAAACUAGGCAGUAAAAAAAAUCGAUUCUUUUAUCUUUCAAUUUUAGAAACUAUUAUGUUUUCUAAGUAAAAUACCGUUGGAUUUAUAUUAAACCUCGCAAAAUUGCGAAAAUUACAAUUA